AUGUUGAGUCCUGCUAUGCUCAAAAAUUCGUUGUCUCGCCGAACGUCGCUACGAGAGAAAUCAGCAGUCACUCGUUCGCGCCGAAACACUCCCACUCCUGUGAUGUUCGCUGAAGAUGAUUUUGAUCCUUCUUGCUUCCAGCUCGGGAUACCAGUGGAACGUAAAGGCGCAGGUUCACGUCGCAGUUCGGCCGAUCCAAGUACGGAAUUGCCAAAACUUUGUGAAUCGUCCAGAUUCGAGAUUGACUUGCUGAUAACCGAGGGUGAUGAAAUCAUCGUUCUACCACAUCGUGAACUCUCUCCACAUCUAACUCGCGGAAUGGACGAGUUGCAAGUGAGCGGUUCGAAAAUUCGACGACAAUCGUAUGCUUCAGAGAAAGCAAUCAGUCGCUCCCCUCGAGGUAGCUUCAGCUCUUCAGAUUCGCGAAAACAUCGUCGUGACUCGAACGCGAUCACAGGACGUAAGGAUUCGAAUUCGGACAGUGCUCCCGUUUAUGCGCAAAAGAAGUGCCUGUGUGAAUGCAGUGAAAGCACUUCUAUCUACAUGUUUCUACGGAUUAUGCUGUUACUGAAUUGCAAGUAUUACUUUGAGACUGGCCUCGUAUGGUCCUUGAGUUCGACCAGCAUCGGCUGA